CUAGGAACGUGUGGAAACGCCCUCUUUGUUCCAAGCGUGAAGACUUUCAGUUUCAUUUCGCCCCCUUUUUGUCUGCGAUGGCGUCUGCUGGUCUGAGAAAAGAACUGGAAUGUUCCAUCUGCCUGAACAUUUAUACCGAUCCUGUUAUGCUGAAAUGUGGACAUAACUACUGCCGGGUCUGUAUUGGUCGUGUGCUGGAUACACAGGAGGGGUCUGGAGGUUAUUCCUGUCCUGAAUGCAGAGAGAAGUUUCAGGAUCGUCCUGCACUGCACAGGAACAUAACACUGCGAAACAUAGUGGAGAAUUUCCUGUCUACUCAACCCGAUCAGGAGCAGACCAGAAUCUUUUGUUCUCACUGUGUGGACUCUCCUGUAGCUGCUGUCAAGUCCUGUCUGCAUUGUGAAGUUUCUUUGUGUGAUAAGCACCUGAGUGUCCACAAACGGUCACCAGAACACGUGUUAUCUGACCCUACUACUACCCUGGAAAUAAGAAAAUGCUCGAUCCACAAGAAGAUCCUGGAGUAUUACUGCACCGAGGACUCUGCCUGUAUCUGUGUGUCCUGCUGUCUGAUUGGAGAACACAAAGGACAUCAGAUGGAGUCCCUGGAUGAGGCCUCUGAGCAGAAGAAGAAGCAGCUAAGGAAUGCUCUACAGAAACUGAUGACGGAGAGAGAGGAGACUGAAGAAAGAGUUCGGAGUCUGCGGGAACGUGGGGGGCAAAUAGAAAAUAAAGCAGCUGGUGAAAGAGAGCUAGUCACUGCCUUGUUUAUAGACCUCAGGAGACAGCUGGAAGACCUCGAGAAGAGAGUCCUGAGUGAGAUAUCUAGGCAGGAAAAGGAACUUUCGUUCGCAAUUUCUGAUGCGAUUCAGCAGCUGGAAAUAAUGAAGGACCAGCUGUCCAGGAAGAUGCAUCACAUUGAGGAUCUGUGUGGCAUGACGGACCCACUGACCGUCCUACAAGAAUUAGACUCAUCCUAUUUCUAUGAUCCCAAGGAAAAAGAUAAUGAGGCUAAAAAUGGACACGACGAGCUUCUUAACGAUGGCGGAGAUCUAAACGUGAUUGGAAUCUCACAGACAUUACACACAGGUUUAUUUGAUCUAAUAACAGGGGUAAACAGAGGAAUUUUCGUAGAGAAAGCUUCAGACAUAUUACUAGAUGUAAACACAGCUAGUAAUAAACUACAUGUAUCAGAUGACAGGAAAUGUGCAUCCAGGGCUGAGAGAAGCCAGAAUCGCCUAGGAACACCAGAGAGAUUUCAGCUGUACCCUCAGGUGAUAAGUAAUCGCAAUUUCUCCUCAGGCCAACAUUACUGGGAGUUGGAUGUUGGGGGUUCAGAGAGCUGGCGAGCCGGUAUAUGUUACCAUAGUAUGGACAGGGCAGGAGAGAAAUCACAUAUUGGAAGUAAUGACAAGUCCUGGGGUCUGUAUAGAGUUAACAGCCAGUAUGUGGUGAUACAUGACAGUAAAAAGAUCCAGUUACCUGCCAAUAUCUCCAGUGACAAAGUCCGGAUAUAUCUGGAUUAUGAGGCCGGGCAGAUCUCAUUUUAUGAUCUGUGUCACCCGAUCCGCCACCUCCACACCUUCACCACCAUUUUUAAUGAACCCCUUUAUGCUGUUCUUGGUGUAUGGAAAGGUUGUCUGAAGAUAUUUGGGGGUAAUCGAGAGGUGUGAGGAAUUUGCCCAAAAAGAGGUGGCACCUAAAAGGAGGUCAGGGAAUUUGGACUGGUGGCAUAUUCAGAAAAA